CGGGUGCAUUUCCUUCGCGGUACCCACUGCAAUGGCUAGCCGAUACGAUUUCAAGAACAAUGUGCCUGAACUCUGUCUUAAUUAGCUAAAGUAUAAUCUGUCAGAGCAAAUACAACGUUGUGUCUUCAAGUAAUGAAAGUAGUCACUUAAGCUAUGAAGUUCUUGCUAUUUUGUUUGUCAAAUUCAAAACCCAGCUGGCAUAUUCUAUCCUCGCUAAUGACGUAGCCGUAGACUGAGAGUACUGGCAGAAGUCAUGUUUUCAUAGAGCAAAGACGUUUUCAAAGCGUUCAGCUCAGCUCAGCUCAGUCCAACCCAGCACAACGGAGAAGUCAUCAUGUCUGCAUGCCUGCAACGGGAGAAGGGGUCAGCAAGUGGGGCCCGAGGCAAAGAGAAGAAAUGUUCAUGGGCAUCCUACAUGACCAACUCCCCUACAGUCAUUGUUAUGAUUGGCCUGCCAGCCAGGGGGAAAACCUACAUGUCAAAGAAGCUGACCCGAUACCUGAACUGGAUUGGAGUGCCCACCAAGGUGUUUAAUUUGGGUGUGUACCGCCGAGAGGCCGUCCGAGCGUACAAGUCCUACGACUUUUUCAGGCACGACAAUGAGGAGGCCAUGAAAAUAAGGAAACAGUGUGCACUGGUGGCAUUGCAAGAUGUGAAGGCGUACUUCAUCGAGGAGGGAGGACAGAUUGCUGUGUUUGACGCAACCAACACAACGAGGGAGAGGCGAGACCUCAUCCUGAGCUUUGCAGGAGAGAAUGCGUAUAAGGUCUUCUUUGUGGAGUCUGUGUGUGAUGACCCAGAAGUCAUUGCUGCUAAUAUCUUGGAAGUGAAGGUCUCAAGUCCCGAUUACCCUGAGACCCACAGGGAGAGGGUGAUGGAUGACUUCCUGAAGCGGAUUGAAUGCUACAAAGUGACAUAUCAGCCUCUGGAUCCUGAUGAAUCUGAUAAAGAUCUAUCCUUCAUCAAGGUGAUGAACGUGGGUCGGCAGUUCCUGGUGAACCGUGUGCAGGACUACAUCCAGAGUAAGAUCGUGUACUACCUCAUGAACAUCCACGUGCACUCCCACUCAAUCUACCUGUGCCGGCAUGGCGAGACCGACUACAACAUGCAGGGCCGCAUCGGGGGCGACUCCGAACUCUCCUCGCGAGGGAAGCAGUUUUCCCAUGCUUUGCGCAACUUCAUUGAAGAGCACAAGCUGUCGGACUUGAAGGUGUGGACCAGCCAGCUGAGGCGGACUAUCCAGACUGCAGAGGAGCUAGGGGUGCCCUACGAGCAGUGGAAGAUCCUCAAUGAGAUAGACGCUGGUGUGUGUGAGGAGAUGACGUAUGAAAUGAUCCAGAACACAUUCCCAGAAGAGUUUGCUUUGAGAGACCAGGACAAGUAUCACUACCGCUAUCCCGGGGGAGAGUCUUAUCAGGACCUGGUGCAGCGGCUGGAGCCGGUCAUCAUGGAGCUGGAGAGGCAGGGUAAUGUGCUGGCUAUCUGCCACCAGGCCGUCAUGCGCUGCCUCCUGGCGUACUUUUUAGACAAAAGUGCAGAUGACCUGCCCUACUUGAAAUGUCCACUUCAUACAGUUCUGAAACUGACACCAGUGGCUUACGGUUGCAAAGUGGAGACGUUUUACCUGAACGUGGAGGCCGUGAGCACUCACCGUGACCGCCCCCUUGGUAAUGUUCGAAGAGACCCCGCUCCCAUCCUGCUCCGUCGGAAUAGUUUCACCCCUCUUUCCAGUCACGACCAGGUCAAACGCCCCCGGCUCUACAGUGCAGGCAACCGGCCCUGGCCGCCCCUUGGCCCCUCCCCCUCUGCCAUGCAGUUCCCCGAGAUGCCAGAGGGGGAGAUGAUGCACCAGCAAAGCCAACCUCGGGUAGGAAACAGCUGUCUGAACCCCUAUGUGAAGGAAACGACUCUGACUCAUCCGACGAAGCUAAUGACUGUGUCCGCUUCUGAGUAGACCAGACAGAGGACACACACUCCACUCCACUCCACUCCACCCAGUCUCCAUGAUGCCUACUGGCCCACGACCAAUGGACGGCUCCCUGUGGGUUCCCCCCUCUGCACCUCCCGUCUCUUUCUGUGUCCAUGGCCCUUUAUAUUACAUAUGUAUUACACACAUAUAUAUAUCUAUAUAUAUAUAUAUAUAUAUACAUACAUAUUGUUCUAUAUAACCAACCAGCAUGUCAAACAUUCACAAAUAGACAGGUGAAAAGUCCUAUGCAUGUGGCCUCUUCAUGGGCCCUGUUCCCCUUCCAAAACAUAAUGCUUUCAGUAGUCAUGUGUUAUCAUCUGGAUGCCUUAUAGCCUGUGACUACGCACAAGAAACAUUACUUGUCACUGAACUGAAUGUUGGACAAAGCCAAGGUAACUGUUGAUGUGCUAAUUCAGCAACAUCGUUCUGUCUGUGAAUUCAGGUCUAGGUUCAGUCAGUCUUAAGUGUCUGUUAUUAGACUUACACCAGUGAGCUGACUGGAGCUCUUCUUCAGUUUGUGCCCUGUUUAUGGGCUUUGUGUGAACCUAGAUCUGGCAGUGGCAUGGUGUUGUAUACCAAGGCCUGUGUUGUGGGAACACUAGAAUCUGAAACUCUGCCCUGGAGUGAUUGUAGGAUAAAUUAGGAAGAAAUGGAUGGAUGGUUAUGGUAAUAUCUGAUAAUAAGACAAUACAGAAUUGUCUCACACGCUUAAAUCUUAGUGUAAAGACACCAAAAAUUCCCAAUGUAAAUGCAUCAAUCCGCUAUAUUUUAAUAUUUAUUUGUGUACCAAAGCUAAUAGCAGCAUUGCAAGGAGGUCUUGAGGUGUUAUUGUGGGACUGCUGUACAGGUCUGUGUCCAUUCAGGGGCAGUGCAGCCUUACUCUAGAUACACUUGUACCUCAAAGGAGCGGAUGAGUCAGGUUACAGAGUAUUAUAGAAGAUUAACUGACAUUUCAUUUCGGUCACUGAAAAUAAUAUUCAGUAAAUUAAGAAUUUAGCAGUAAGUAAUGUCGAUGAAGGGACCAAAUACCAAUGUCAUGUGGUUUUCCCUGUCAACCUUGUCAAGAUACCAUUCAAAUGACAUUGGGUGAAUAUCGAUAAUUUUCUGAAUGAUUGUGGAGGAUUUGUCUUUAGAAGUACCGUUAAGAUUAUUUAAAAAGGGGGACAUGAAAGAUGGGAACAGCUAAUGAAAUGUGACAUGCUAUGAAUAAAACGGGUUAUGCGAACUGAAAAACUAAACAAAAAAACAAAUCAUGUCGUUAACACUUGGAGGUGACAGGCCAUUUUGCCGUUAGUUGAAGGGUUACUCCCCCUAGUGGUAAAAUGACACAUAAGGUGUGCAUUCUUAGAGCAGGGAUGCAUACAGGUUCAAAAUUUGGUGUCAGUACACCAAAGUGUCACCCAGGUAUGUCCUCACUUACAGUGUGCCACAAACAUUUGUUAUUGUGCCUUUCACAGCUCUUUCGUCAGAAGUUGCAUAUUAUGUACACCAGAUCUCAGUGGUCUAGGAGGACAUUAUUAAAGUAGAUUUGACAGAAAAUGUAAUACGCUGUAUGAAUUAAACUCGACCCGGGGUGUUUCGCCCCUAUUUCAUUAUACAUUAUGAAACAGGCUGUAAUGCAAUUUAAUAACAUCAAAGUCAUGAAAAACGCUUUUGUACAUAGCCUGAAAGUUGUAAAGGAAACUCUUGGUUUCCUCGGUUGAAAUGAAAUAACACAGCAUAAGUGGGGAAUGUUCUUGUCAGUCAUUUGGGGAGAUUUUGACUAAAUGUUUUUUGUAAUACCAGUGAGCCCUUUGAUAUUUGAGCCUACCAGCAAAAGCUAUAUUAGAUAUGUAGAUGUAUAUUUAUAGAAAUAUGCCUUCUUGGUGUGGCAACAAUACUGAUACGACACAAUACAAUAUGUGACACAGAGGUAUUCAUGAUCAUAUGAAUUUGGGAAAUAUGAAUUUGAGCUGUUGGUCGAUUGUGAACACUGUACAAUGCUGCUGUAAAUGUGAGAUUUGUGAUGCACAACUCUUGUCUGCUCAGAACAAAUACUGUUUUGGUUUUGAAUUACUGUUGGAACCAUCUUGAGAGAACUUUGAUGUAAACAUGCCAUUGAUAUCAGGGGAUGUUGUAUGAAAUGUGAUUUUUUUUUUUUUGUUAAGCUGUGUUUCUGGAGGACAUACAGAAAGUAAUGUGUGCACCUUGUAACUGAAUGCUUCUUUUUGUCUGAGACACUGUAAGUGUUCAACAACACCUCAGCUGAAUUGUGUUCUAAGGUGCCAUUUGAAGUUUCACAAAUCACCCUUGUUCAUUGUAUUGUGGAACUGUUGCUGUGCUACUUUUGAAUGUUGUCAGGUUGAUAACCGAAAUGUCUUUCUGUGUUCUUAAAUGCAAAAGGUCAUCAUCUGCUGUAAUAUCAAGACUUACGUCAUGUUUUCUCUUCAUGUAUUUUUGUGCUGUUCAACUUUUUAGUUACUGUAGCCUGUGAGCUGCCUAGGGCAGUCUGUAGAAUCACAUUUAUGGCUGUAAUAAUACAAAAUAUAAUCAAUAUAUUAAAAAUGCUUCAAACCA